ACACCUUUCACUUCUGUCCCUCAUUCUGUCUCUUUUACAUGCUCCGGCACACAGACACGCCAAACCACACACAUUUGUUCUUUCAACAUGAGCAACUUUGCAGCUAAUGAAGGACUUUCCAUCUUCGUUAUUUUGGUAUGGCUUGGAAUCAAUGCUUACCUCUUUGUCGAGUUCUACAUGAGAUUUCUGGUUGAGCGUUAUGACUACAGCAGGGCCAUCCUCGGGCAUGCUCUGCCCUGGGCGAGAGCUCCAGCUGCGUGUCUGAACUUUAACUGCCUGUUGAUCCUCCUGCCUGUCUGCCGUAACCUUCUGUCUUUCCUCAGAGGCUCCAUACAGUGUUGUAGCCGCACAGCUGCUCGUCAACUAGACAGAAACAUCACUUUCCACAAACUGGUGGCCUACAUGAUUGCCUUCCACACAGCGGUGCACACAAUUGCACAUCUGUUCAAUUUCGAGCGCUUUGAGUCUGCUCAGCGGGAGGACAACAACCAAUCACUGGCACAUGUCCUGUCUCUGAUUGGCAACAAGCCCAAUGAGUCUUACCUCAACCCCAUCCGGUCCAAAGACAUAAGCCAGACGAUUGUGAUGUUCACUACGAUUGCAGGACUGACAGGUGUAGUUAUCACCCUCGCCCUCAUCCUCAUCAUUACGUCCUCCAUGGAGGUCAUCCGCAGGUCUUAUUUUGAGGUGUUCUGGUUCACUCAUCACCUCUUUAUCAUCUUUUUCAUCGGACUGGUGCUGCAUGGGGUUGGUCGCAUCGUGAGAGGCCAGACUCUUUUGAGUCUGGAGCAUCAUAAACCUAAAAACUGUAGCAGCAGGUUUCAGACAUGGGGUCAGGACCCUGACUGUCCUGUACCAGAUUUUGCAGGAAAUCCACCAGGGACGUGGAUGUGGGUUGUUGCCCCGAUGAUUCUGUAUGUGUGUGAGAGGCUGGUGCGAUUCUACCGCUCGCAGCAGAAGGUGGUUAUCACCAAGGUAGUGAUGCAUCCCUCAAGGACCCUGGAGCUACAGUUGAAGAAGAAAGGCUUUAAGAUGGAGGUGGGUCAGUAUAUCUCUGUGCAGUGUCCAUCCAUCUCACAGCUGGAGUGGCAUCCUUUCACCCUGACCUCUGCCCCCGAGGAAGACCACUUCAGUAUCCAUAUCCGUAUUGUUGGAGACUGGACGGAGGCCCUGUACAAGGCAUGCGGUGGGGACAAGACCGGAGGUCAGGAGGCCUGGGAGCUUCCCAAGGUGGCAGUGGACGGCCCCUUUGGCACGGCCAGUGAGGAUGUGUUUCGCUAUGAGGUGGUCAUGCUGGUGGGUGCAGGCAUCGGUGUAACUCCCUUUGCAUCCAUCCUUAAGUCGGUGUGGUACAAAACCGUACAGCAAAACACCGAUGUGUUCACCAAAAAGAUCUACUUCUACUGGUUGUGUCCGGAGACACAAGCGUUUGAGUGGUUUGCAGACCUGCUACAGUCCUUGGAGCGCCAGAUGGGUUCGAAAGAUAUGAGUGACUUCCUCAAUUACAACAUUUACCUCACACGCUGGAAGGAUCAAGAGGCUGCUCACAUAAGAGUUCAAUAUGAAGCUGAGAACGACCCCAUCACCGGCCUGAAGGAGAAAACUCGGUACGGAAAGCCCAACUGGGACAACGAGUUUUCCACGAUCGCCACCAGUCACCCGGGGUGUAAAGUCGGGGUGUUUCUCUGUGGACCGACUCCUCUGGCAAAGGCUUUGGAGAAACAGUGUCACAGCCAGUCAGUCGCUGGAGCUGAAUUCAUUUUCAAUAAGGAAAACUUCUAAUGCACAGACGGGCAUAAUAUAAACUCUACUCGACUAAUUCUGUACUGUAGGUGUGAUUACCAGUAAAGAAGAUAAAGAAGGUUUACUCAAAACAUAUGGUACUGUGCGAAAGUCUUGAGACUCCCCCUUUUCUUAAAAGAUGUUUUUUUUCUCUCCUUUUGGCAAGGUUUAUCUCGCGUUUUCAGUCCACUCGCCGUACCUGAGCAGUUUCAGGGGAAUGUUUUGGUUUGUGAAGCCACACAGUGACCUAUGACCCAUUCAAGAUUAAAAAACUAACUUAAGGCAUGAACCAGUGAGAGACAGGUGCAGAUGAUCAGGCCAGUGAUUAGUAUACUGGUGAUGUGGUUGGAAGAGACAAGAGGGGAAAUGAGGUUCUACAUAAAUAAGAGAUUUUUAUUGUAUCUUUGGGCCCUCUGCAGCCUGUCACAGGGAAAAAACAAACAUCUGUUUACAUCUACAUCAUUUAUUUAUUUAUUUUUUUGUAAAGGGAUGGCUCGAGACUUUUGCACAGUACUGUAUUUAUAAUUGAAGUGUAUUGGUGGCUACUAAAAUUCAUUGAUAUACUGCAUAGUUAAAAUAUGUGACAAAAAAGUGUCUUAAAAUAGUAGUAAAAUAAUGUGUUAAAAUAAAGUGUUGAGAUUAUUGUCUGGGGUGAUCACACAUAUUACAGGUGCACUGGAUAAAGUUUAAACAUUAUAAAUAAUUAGAAAAUACGGAUGAGGCAAAAGAUUGGCAAAGGUAGCACACUCUUGAAUCUUGAAGUGUACAGUAUGAAUUAUAAAAAGCUGUAAAGAUGGCUCAAAGAUAAUUGCUUUGUAUUGAUGUAUGUUGAGCGGCACGGUGGCGUAGUGGUUGGUUCAAUUCCUGCCUCGUGUCAGUGUGUGUGUGUGUGUGUGUGUAUGGAGUUUACAUGUUCUCCCCAUGCUUGGUGAGGGUACUCCUGGUACUCCAGUUCCCUCCCACAGUCCAAAGACAUGAGGAUAAGGCUAAUUGGUGUUUCCAAAUUGCCUGGGGUGUGUGAGUGUGUGUGCUUGUGUGCCCUGCAGUGUACAGGGUGUCGUCCUCUGCCUCACACCCUGAGUUCCCUGGAAUAGGCUCCAGGCCCUCUGUGACCCUGUACAUAAGUGAUGUAUGUUGGCUAGCAAAUUUGGAAUUGCUUAUCAUGCUUUCUCUGUUUUUUCAUUUGCUUAAGUAAUCAGUGGGCUUGCUUUUUCUUUUUUUGUUCACAUUAUAUU